CAUUAUACGCUUAGUUGGUGGCCGCAUUCCGUACCGCGUAGUCGUCGUUGGUAUCUCGCGCGCCGUCCGUCCGUCUCUCCGUCGCCUGUAGUUCGUUUUUCGGAUCGUUUCGGUGUGCACAUUAUUAUUAUCAUUUCGAAUCUGACGAGUGUUUGGUGUUUGUUUUUGCAUCACCAGGUCGCACUAUUUUUCCACCAAAUAGUCUCCUUGCGUUUUCGUUCUUUCGGGGACUGAGGUUUUUAAAUGUGCAUUUUCUAGUGAUUGGUCGAAAGACCGGUAACUCGCCGUGUCCACCACCCAUCGCUGUCGUAACUCAACAGUAAGUGGGCACCUACAGAUGUAUAUUAUCUGCGAGAUAAGAUUUUAAGAUUCGAGAUAGCUUUUAAAUACAAUUCGUACGUCGUGAUGUUGAUGAACCAUUAACUACUUCAAGCCAUGGAGACAGACGUAAGUCAAGAUUUCGAAGACUAUUGGAAUGAGUAUAAGAUCAUACAAGAAACAAGGCAACUCGAUAGUUACCUCGACGAAGAAUGUCCACCAGAACAAGACUUCGUUGCCGCUCAUUUGUCAGAAGGAGCUGUAGAAGCCGAUUGGUUGUCAUCCGCUGGUCUAUCAUUCCUAACUGAAGCAUUUGAAAAUGGGUGCGAAGUUCCUGAUUCGGAACUCGAACCGGCCAUCAGGCACCUCUCCACCAGACAAGCCAAUGCUGUCAGGUUGAGAGUGCAUUCGCUCAAUCAUACGGUCCGCCAAAGAGGUAGACAACUAAAGGCCAGACACAAAAAACCUGAUAUCAGAGACGUUUUCCGUGACUUCGAAAGUUUAAGUUCUAGUUCCAGAUCGAGGAGUGCAACACCGGAUUCGGACUCGAAUAGUCCACCCAUGUCAUGGUCUCAAACGGAAAUAGCAGUAUCACCACCAUUACCAAAGUUUAUUGAAUCUAAUCAUGACUUGAGAGGAUGUUCCAAAAAAGAUGUCCGUCGAAUGCCAAGUGCACCAGUUUUACCGUCCAGAGACAUAUUCCGUAGAAGUAAUCGAAGUAAUAAUGGUAUCGUAGCUUCUGAAAGUGAUGGUAUUACAAUGGUUGGUUUUCAAAGACUAGGCACUGUACGUGGUUAUAAGUUUGAACAAAGACCACUACCUAUGAUAAAAGAUAGAAGUCGUAGCGGUAGCGAUCCACUACAUCUGUACUCGAGCGCUUCUGACGAACAUGUCGGUCCACGGAAUAUGGAUUUAGUAGCACCUCAAUCUGGUCUUACCCGCAGCCAUGGUUGUUUAUAUGAAACAAACGAUAACCAUCGAAAUAGUUCUCAGUACGUGGGAUUUGAACAAAUGUGGCAAAACAACAAUUACCAUUUAGAGAGAUCAUAUUCAUCCGUGGAUGAAAAUACUGGAAGGACUUGGCCGGAUUCCUUAAGCGAUGAAGACUUAGCCAAACUGCGUCCUCUGUUAUUUCUCGAACUUUCCGCUAUGUUUGACAGUGCUGGUAUACCGUUUCACAAAGGAAAACCGCAUAAACGCAAAAGAAGAGAAGAAGGUACGAUUUUCGGUGUUUCGUUAUCGACACUAGUUGACCGAGAUGAAACAAUCGCCAACCGUCGCGUUCAGGUACCUUUGAUUGUUCAGAAAGUCCUUGGACAGUUAGAAAAACGUGGUUUAGGGGAGCAAGGUCUACUACGUAUGGCGGCCCCAAAAGCAAAAGUUGACAAACUAUGUGGGGCAGUAGAGAAGUUUUUCUACGCCAAACACGAAGAAGUGGAUCAGCUGUUAGAAAAAUGUUCUGUGCACGAUCUGGUCGCACUACUGAAACGUUUGCUCAGAGACUUGCCCGGGUUAUUGCUUACCCAUGAGCUAGUCAACUUAUUUUACCAAAGCUAUUCUGUACCUGACACUGUGAGAGCAUUGAAUCUACUGGUGCUACUGUUACCCACAGAAAACAGGGCUACUUUGCGUGUCCUCUUACAGUUCAUGUCGAAAUUAGUGGAAUACCAACAAAGACACGACCUAGAGAAUAAGAUGACCGAACACAAUGUGGCUAUGAUCAUUGCUCCAUCUUUAUUUCCACCUAGGUCUGUACAUUUGGAGAAAAAAGACUUACAGUCACAUCUAGAUCAGGCUGCCCGUAGCUGCCGUCUAACCGAAACUCUGAUGAACCACAUCGAAGAGUUGUGCUUAGUUCCUAAUGACCUCAUGACUCAGCUUAGACAUAACAACGAACUAUACCAAUGUAGACUGAAAGAAAAUAAUAAUCCCGUAAGAAGGUUCCUUGGAAAAAAGAAAACGGAUAUUGUCACCAAAAAAAUUAUCAACGAAGUUGAUUAUCAAGACGGUGUGGUCCGUGUCGAUGCCCCUCAAUUUCGGAUUUCCGCUAUUCCAUUGUUUUUAUCUGAUACAACAUCAGUCGGUGAUGUCAUUCUUAAAAUUGUAGAAGAAGCCGCCAAACAAACAGUAACUAAGAAUGGUCACAGUUCUAAGCCUUGCCGCAAGGACCUCAAGUCAAGAGCACUUACUGAACUUGCUCCCAAUGGAAACUUGUCAUGCUUGUUGACAACCGCUGAUCCCGAUAUGGCUACUAGGACACAUUUUCUAUAUGAAACUGGUGGCAAUAUCGGGCAACGGCGCAUAGAACCCACCGCCAACAUGAUGGCUGUAUACCAAAUGAAUCCUAACGCUCAGUGGUUCGUUAAAUGUGAUCACAGAAACGGCAUGACGCAUGUAUGACACAUUAUUUAUGACAGUUAUUAGUAAAAUGUAUCAAUGUAUUCGUAUUUGUAUCAUAGGGAGUGUAAAACCAAAAUAUAUCGUUUUCUUUUGUUUUC